CUUCCUGUGCCCUGCCCCAUGACUGGAUGAAAAUCACAAACACACCUGAUCGGCUUCAGCAUGUUCUGGUCCAGGUUCUGGUUCUGGAUGGUGCUGGUGGCUGCGUUAGCCGUCCCCCUUCAGGAAAAGAAAUACAUCACAGCUGUCGCUGGACAGAAUGUGAUUCUACCAUGUAAAGUUCCCAACAACAACAAACCCAUCACAGCUGUAGAGUGGAGCAGAUCUGAACUGGAUCCAGAAUUUGUUCUCCUGUACCGGGAUAAGCGCUUCGAUGUAGACAACCAGCAUCCAUCUUAUAAGAACCGGGUGGAUCUGCAGGACAAAGAGAUGAAGGACGGAGACUUUUCUCUGGUUCUGAAGGAUGUGACGAAGAACGACACUGGAAGAUACGAAUGUCAUGUUUCUCAGGGAGAAAUAACCUCUAAAUCCAUCUACCUGGACGUUUUUUCACCAGCAAAGAAGAUUGAAAACACUGGAGGUGGAGUGAUCAAGGUUGGAGGAAACAAGGAUGAAGGAUACAAGGAUGGAAUCAAUGUAGGAGCAGCAGUGGGUGUUAUACUUCUUCUUGCUGUGGCUUGUGUUGGCUUUUGGUUCUAUAGACGACUCACGAAGAAGAAUGCAAACCUCCCAGUUCCUCCUGAAGAACCAGUAGUACAGCCAGCACUUCACUUCCUCAUAUUCCCAGCAGGUAUAAAAACAAGCAGCUUCCAUCAGCUGGAGUCUUCAGUACGUUCAGCCGUCAGGUCAGCAGCUUCCUUUGGUUCUAGGGGAUUGUUAAUUUUUGCUUCUGCUGGUUUCAUCGUGUGCAGCUCAGAUCAUCGGGUUGAUGUGAAACCUGGAGACAAUGCUCUGCUUCCAUGCAGGGCUCCUGGAGACGAGAACAUCAAACUGGUCGACUGGCAACGAGUUGGGCUAAACACAAGUCCAGCUGACAUCUUGGUCAUCCGAGAUGGAAAGAAACUCCCUGACCAGCAUCCAUCUGUUCAUGGCCGAGUGGAGCUGAAAGAUCCUCAGAUGAAGAACAGAGAUGUUUCUGUGACUCUGAAGAACGUCACCAUCAAUGACACUGGAACGUACGAGUGUCGCGUUAAAACAGACAGAACCAUCGGAAGCCCACCUGAGCUUAUCAACACCAUCCAGCUGAGAGUCAAUCACUCAGGUCAGCCUGAAGACUCUGAAGAUGACGGAGCCAAGAAUGAAGGACCCAAGAAUGAAGGACCCAAGAAUGAAGGACCCAAGCAUGAAGGACCCAGUGACCCAAUAGCAGUGUUGAAACUAUUGUGUAUUCUGUUUGGGCCACCUUUAGUUAUAGUACUUUGUUUGUCUGUACUCGGAAUUGUUUGUGGCAUUCUGGCAGAUUGCCAGGAGGCCUGCAGCACUGAGCUAAUGGAGGUCAUUCCUGUUUAAGUUAUGGUGAAGAAUCCAACACUUUUGACCACAAAGUUACCUCCAAGUGCUCCAAAACAAACAGUAGCUACAGGACAGAACUCCAGUUCUAUGUAGGAAGCAGUAAAAUGAGGGUUUCUUAGUUCAUGCGGUGAAGUUUACGUUGCUGAUGGAGAUGUUAGAAAGGAGAAGACUGCUGCUGGACAGAACAACAGUAUCUCAGGGCAUCUCAGAGGUACAGACCCUGCAGCAGGUAGUUUCCUCCCCUGUAAAAGAAUGGAUCUGAACCAGGUUCUAUUAGGACUGUUCUCCACGCACACUUAUGGUAGCAUUCACAGAAAGCGAACAUCACAUUGGUUUAGGUUUGUAACAGUACGUAUGUCAGUAAGUCCACGAUGUUUAGUUUGACACCUCCUGGGAUACAAACUAGAGCUUCCAACAAGAACAUUUUGGCAGAGCACCAGUUGUGGUGUAUUUUCUGCAUGUUUCAACCACAAGAGCCUUCCCUGUAGAACCCCUUUGAUAAAUAACUUCACCGCUAUCAAUCACUUCUAUGCUGGCUCAAAGAUAAGUUCUGUUUUUCUGUAGCUGUCACCAUCAGCAAUGUAUAAUUCUCCAUGUAGACUAACAUUAUGACCCUCACUGUUCUGUUUCCUACAUGGAGUAACGUCCUGUGACUUCAUAUUGUUUUAGUGAACUAAGAGUUACAUCAUGGGUCUUCCACCACAAUGGUAACAGAAGUGCUUGAAACGGCACCUUGCUGCACUGUUUGGGAUGUUUUAUGGUUGUUGUUUUUUUUUAUUUUUAGUCCCUUAGAGGAUGAUGGUGAUUUUGGGUAAAUAUUGGGAAAGCUACCAAGAUGAUCUUACAGUAAAUGGGAAAAUGUAUAUUUAAUGAAGCACAAAGGUAGCUCAUCACAGCUAAAUCAUUGUUAUUUUAAUUAUUACAGGCUUGAAACUGACUAGAAAUGGGAAAAGUUGCCAAGAUUAUCUUAUGGUAUGGGGAUAUAAGCCAACACUUUCAACUGUUUAUGAUUUCAGUUGACAUUUUCAAUUGUGAGCCAGAGCUGUAGCUAACAUGUUUAACGCAUUAAGAAACUACUACAACUGUUUGCAUCAAGUUUAGGCAACAUUUUCAGCUUAAAUCACACUUUAAGAUUACAUGUUCUGUUAGCCACAGUUUUAGCUUGCAUGUUCAACUGUUAGCCACAUAUUAAGCUGAAAUGUUCAACUGUUGGCCACUUUUAGCGAGCAUUUCUAAAUGUUACUCACACUUCUAGCCAACAUUUUGAACUGGGAGCGUCAGUUUCAGCUAACAUGUUGAACUGUUAGUCACAUAUUUAGCUGAAAUAUUCAGUAAACAUAUUUGAUAGAAAUAUUAGAAAUGGAUUUCUGUUUCCUCAUAAUAAAUGAGUUAAUGCCAUAAAAUGUUCAUCAGUGAUUCCUCUUCAGUGUGAAACUUUUACUUUGCUGCUAUAUAUUUUAAAAAUGUUCUUCAUUUUACGGUAAGACAUUAAAGGAUGGUUAAAUGAA